CAAACGUUGUUAUCGAUGCUUUUUACGUCCUUACUGGAAGUUCGCACAAAUUGAUUUUUCUCCUAAAAUAACAAUAGCGCCACUGUAGUGGGAACAACUACUUAUACGACAAACUAAACCAAGCGAGCAGUUUAAAAAAGACGACUAACGAAAAUGACAACAAUGCAGGUUGACCAGAAACGUGCUCUAAUCAAGCUAAAGCACGACCUGGAACCAUUCCGCAAUGCCAUUGUGGGUGCCUACGGCGUUCUUACAUGGGAAAAGCAAUACUAUGCCGGCGUCGUCUUUGGCGCCAUCAGUAUCAUGUAUCUGUUGCUAUGGUACAUGGAUCUAUCUUUUAUAACACUAUUCUCUUUGUUGGCUUUAUUGGCGUUCUUUAUGGACUUUGUUAUUCCAAUGCUGUCGCGUUUGGUUUCCAGCGGGGACAAAUGGGAUGGUGAGCAAGAGGCCAAGUUUGAGGAAGUUUGCGGACAGCUAUAUAGCAUUAAGUCAGGUAUUGUCGAAUGGUAUGAUUACCUGUUCAAGGAGCGCAAGCCAACAAUGGUUGUGAUCAUAAUAAGCAUCGGCUUGUUGGCUCUGGCCUGGAUUGGUGCUAUCAUAAACAAUCUAUUGCUCAUGUAUUGUGCAACUGUGCUAGUGGCCAUGUGGCCGGGCUUGAAUGAAAAGGAUGUGUUCAAGGGCCUCACCCAGAAAGUCUCUAAAAUAAUCAAUGAAAAAAUUCAAUAUGGCAAAAAGAAACUACAGUAGAUGGUUAAUUAUUUAUUAAAUUAUAUUAUGGAUUACUAAAUAAAACUCAUCAGGCACACACACAAUCCAUCACAUUCGACCAAAAAUGCAUAUAUAUUUAUAACUAAGUCAUUUACUUGCCAUCUCGUACACCCUUAUCAAUAAAUUUAGUCUAUCAUAAAAGCUAA